AUGAAAAGUGCUGCUGCUGUCGUUGCUGCUGCUACGGCUACGCAAGGCUUCACAGAAGAACGCGCUUGCCAACGCUUGGAUGGAAAACAGGCACGCAGCGCUAUGGCUGCACCCGCCGAGGAGCCGGUGGUCCUGCCCAUUGGCACCGAGGUGAGCGCCAAGUACAAGGGCGCCUUCUGCGAGGCGAAGAUCAAGAAGGUGGAGCAGGUGGUGAAGUGCGGCGUCCGCCUGCGGAGCAACGGCCAGACGGUGACCAUUCCCGAGACCGACCUGCAGGGUGGCUCGCGCAAGGUGGGCGGCGUGGUGGCCAUCGUCCGGGGCGGCUCCUCUGGAUCGGCCACGGCCGAAGAACGAACCGCCGCGUCCGCCUUGGACCGCAAGCACGACGGCGAGGAGGGCAUCAUCACCAAGAUCCUCGACCAGUCGCUCUACACCGUCGUCUUUGACGAUGGCGACGAGAGGACGCUCAAGCGGACGUCACUUUGCCUCAAGUCAGGUAAACACUUUGCCGAAAGCGACACGCUGGACAAGCUGCCGCUGACGCACCCCGAACACUUUGGCAACCCGGUCAAUUUGGGCCGCAGUAGGCGGCGACGGCACGCCUCCUCGCUGGUGGCCAGCACCUCAAAGCAGGGCUCAUCGUCGGCCACAAACAACGCUUCCACCAGCACCUCGGCCAGCACCAGCAGCAGCUCACAGCAGAAGCAGCUGCCUGCUGAUUCAGGCUCGGAGGAGGACUCAGACUCGGAGGGAGAUGAUGAUGAGGAUGAUGAGGACGACGAUGAGGAGGAGGAGAAGUUCUCUGAUUCGGCGUCGGUGCGCAGCCUGCGACGCUUCGGCGGCAGAAGCGGCGGUCGGCAGAGGAGCUCGGGCGCCGCCGCCUCUGGCACUGCCACCACCGCCGACUACGGCAAGGUCGUCUGCGUGGACUACGCCGACAAGCGCGGCACCAAGACGAAGGAGGCGGAGGCAGUAAGUGCUUUGGAUGUGGUUGAGUUGGUUCAAAGAUCUGCGAAGAAGAGCGAGACGAGUGUAAGACCAUCAAGAGGAGAGCCUGGCUACGUCAGCCAACGACAGAUGGUGGGCGGUAGGCUGCCGCGCCCUAGCAGCGACGAAGAGUCGAAAACGGAGACGGAAGCGGCGGCGGCGAGUGGUGAUAAUCCACCGCCCGACGACCUGCAGUGGGGCUCCACGCUGAAGGUGAUGUACGGAAAGGGCAGGGCGGGGACGAUCUACGACGCGAAGCUGAUUCGCUCGGAGUACGAGGGUGCGAAGCGCAAGUACAAGUACUACGUGCACUACCACGGCUGGAGCAACCGCUACGACGAGUGGAUCUACCGCGAUCGCAUCUACAUGGUCAACGAGGUGACGCCCACCGGCAAGGGCAAGGGCAAGCUGAAGGUCAAGGGCGUGCCCAUGUCCACAGCUACUGGAGAUAAUGAGGGUGGUGGUGUAGGUGGGGGUGAGGACAGUGGCAGGGCUCGUGACCCGUCCACCUCAUUUUCUGCAGGUGCCGGCUCUUCAGGAGCGAGCGCCAGAAGCAGCACCGCCGCCACCAGCAGCAGCGAGGCCAGCUCUUCAGCCCCCGCCUCCUCCACUUCCCGUUCACGUCGUCAGUCGGAGACGGCCUCCAGUGGAUCAUCGGUCUCGGUGGGCAGCUCCUCCACCGCCGCUAGCACCGCCAAAGAGCAGCAGCAGCAGCAGGCGCAUCAUCAUCAUCAUCACCGAUCGGCGUCGGUGUCGGGCAAGUCGGCAAAGGCUUCCUCUGCCUCUGCAACUUCUUCGUCGACGGCCACUGCUGAAGACGGCGGCUCAACGACUGCCAGCACAGUUCGUGGCCGAACGAGGACCUCCUCAUUUUCUACUACUACUACUACUGCUGCUGCUGCUACGCCCAGCGCUUCAACUUCUAAGGACUCGUCGCGCAGUAAAACAGCGGCGGAAAAGACGACAGAGAAGAGCGCUAGUUCAGCGGCUUCUUCUACAACAACAACCUCGUCAGCGCCAGCACCGACCAGCACCAGCAGCAGCAGUGGAAAGCGAACUUCGAUCAGUAGCUCUAAAACUUCGACAGCAGGCAGUGGUUCGAGCAACAAGGACAGCAGCACCAGCGCCAGCACUUCAUCCAGCAAAUCUUCGACCACCACCUCAUCCACUUCAUCUACGGCAAAGAGUGGUGAUCGUGACAGCGAGACGCCCGAAAAAAGUAAAAGUAGUUCGGCCUCCACUUCGGCGACGCCGAGUAGUAAGAAGGGAACUUCAGCUGCUGCUUCAAACGCUGAUAAGCAGUCUCGUGGCACUUCGGGCCCCUCUACCAGUGCAGCCUCGACGAGCAGUACUUCUGCCCCUUCUGCAGUUUCCACCUCUACCAGCACACCUGCUAAGGCUGCUGCUGCUGGAGGUGGCGAACAUUCGAGCAGCAGUAGUAGCCAGAAGAAGAAGAGCAAGUCGGGCAAAAAGAUUCGGCCGCCUGGCGAGGAGAAGCUGAUUCCCCACAAGCAGAAGCACUAUGUGAUCAGGUUGAAGACGGAGGAGGAGGCGUUGGCGGCGACUAGAGAAGGUUUGAGUCGCAAAGAUGGCGGUGGUGGUGGUGACAAGUCGUCCAAAUCGGAGAAGAAGGUAAAGAAGAGUAUGGACUCGAAAAAGUCAUCAUCAUCGUCGUCGUCGUCGUCGUCGAAGGAGGGCUCAUCAGCGGCUGCAAAGGCUGCCGCUGGCCCUUCUAGCUCUUCUGUAACGGCCACAGCCACGCCUGCCGGUGAUGAGUACGACUUUGUGGACGACGAGGAGCCGCCCUCCAACACUCCGGGCACCUCUUCCACCACCCCUUCAACCAGCACCAGCAAAACACGAGCAGUGACGCCCGUCAUCAGCACCCCAAAGAGCGCCACCAAGUUUACCGACCUGUCGGCAAAGAGGGCGGAGCGCAACAGGGACAGAGAUCAAAUGCCCAGAGAACGAUUGGCGGGAGGGCUGCUGAUGUCCACGCCUCCUCCAUCAUCAGCACAGACCAGCUCUCUAAAGAUGUUGGCCAGCGGCGGCGGAAGUGGCAGCAGCAGCUCGAGGACUGCAACGGUGUCAAAGAAGAGGACGCUCGAGUCGGCGGAAGAAGAGGAGGAGGAGGAGGAGGAAGAGGAUCAGGCGGAAGCAUCUGAAACUUCUGAAGCUGCGACUACUCAGCCUUCAAAGACGACCAGCAGCAGCAGCAGCAGUGAACAGCCGCCAGCGAAGAGGCUCGCCACGAAUACCGCCUCUUCCACUCCUUCGGCGGUGUCCCUGUCGCCACACCUAUCACAGCCGGUGGAGCCGAUGGAAACUGAGGAGGAGGAGAAUGAGGGCACUGGAGAGCACGAUCUGCCCCUGAACGACGAGGACGACAGCAGCAGUCAGGGCGGGCUGCAGCCUUCCGGGGAGGACCUGGAGGUGGCGGGCAUCAUGGCCAAGGCGGAGAGGGAAGUGGUGGCCAGUGACGGCAGGUCGGCUGAUCCCACUGAUAUGGACUACCACCAACCCGGUGCUAAUGUAGAAGAUGAUGAUGAUGAUGACGAUGAUGACGACAGCGUGCGAAGUCUGGUGAUGGCUGACCAGGGCGAGGAUGAGGUGCCGCCUACAACGUCAGAGGGGGUAACCACUUCCAAAGAAGCUGAAGGUGAACAAGGUGGUGAGAGUGCUGGGCCAUUGACUUCCUCAGCAGCGGCAGCAGAAGCUGAGGAGUCAAGUGCCGCCAGUUUGGAGCAUUCUGCAGCGGCAUCAGCCGCUGAUUCGGCAAACAAAGUUCAGGAGGAAAACAAGUCGGCUCUUUCCAAGCAGCCUUCGCCCGCCCCUGACACAAGCAACAGCAGCGGCAAUGAGCUGCUCUGCGAGGAGGCGUUGCCCGCCAGUCCGCUGCCGCCGCCGCCGCCUAGUGAUCAACAGCAGGCAGUGACCGCGGCAGAUCAUCAGGCAGCAGGACCACCACCACCAUCGUCGUCGUCGGUGAAUCAGCCACCCCAGCCAUUCCAGCAUUUCGCCCAUUUUCAGUCGUCGCAGCAGCAACAGCCGAAGACCGCCGCUGCCCUCAACAGCGACACUCAGGCGACGGCGGAGUUCCUGAGCACGCUGGCCGCCAGCGCUGGGAAGCACCAGCACCAGCAGCCGAAUAUGGGAUUGCUUUUUCAGCAGCAGCAGCAGCAGUUUGGCUACUUGGGUAGCGGUAGCGGUACUGCUGCUGAGUCGUCGCAGAGAGCCUCUGGGCUACUGGAACACCAGCAGCAGCACCUGCUGCUGGCGGCUGAGGCCCAGAACUCCUCUGCCUCCGCCUCCAGCGGCCUGAGCUCCAAUUCAAAGUCAAAGCAGACGAAGACGCUGAACUUUAACGUCCCGCCGGAUAUUGCCUCGAACAUUAUGAAGAUGGGCACCAGCGCGGGCCGUGGCAGUUCGGGUAGUGGAGGUGGACAAGGAGGUCGAUACUCUCCGCUGACUUUGGAGAAGCUCAUUACUGCCGGCUACUGUCCGCCAGAGUUGAACGGCGGUGGCAGUAGUGAAACGUUGCCCAACCAAUCGCAGUCGGCUGCAGCGGAGGCAGCUGCCGCGGCCGCCGCCGCCUCCGCCCCCUCGGUGCCCUUUGGCCACGUGCCGGGCAGCCUGCCGGAGCUGGUGGCCUACCUGAACGCCCACCCGCCCACGCGCAAGGACCCCCACCCCUAUUACUACGAACUGUGGCUGAAGAAGCUCGGCCAGCUGGUGACGCGCAAGCACCCCGAGGUGGGCCCCCUGGACGAGCGCCUGCCGCUGAUGGCGCGCAUCUUUGAGCUGGACGAGCGGCUGGUCUAUCUGCGCAAGUGGUACCUCCGGAAG